CGCAGUUCGUCUCGUCUUGUGUCGCGGUGUUGAUUCUGGCUUCACUCUCUCGAUCUCAUUGAGGAGAAUCAGAGACUAUUUAUAAGGACUUUGGGAGAAUUUGAUCUGCUGCUUUAUGUUUUUGGAUAAUGGCUGCUGUUGAAUUCAUCAAAGACCUUUGUACUCCAGCGCUGAUCAUUGACCUGGAUCAGAUGAAGAGAAACGCUGAAGGCAUGCUCGAGCGCUUCCACACAUUGGGAGUCCAGCUCCGACCUCACAUGAAAACACACAAAACACUGGAAUGUGCGGACAUCAUGACAGGAGGCUCUCGUCGUUGUAUUGUUGUGUCUACUCUAGCCGAGGUGUCAUUCUAUGCUGAUAACGGCUAUGACGAUAUACUUUAUGCAUACCCUUUGCCAUUUGAUAAAGUGGAGCGCUGUGCAGAGCUGUCCGAGAGACUUUCUCUAUUCCAGGUCAUGGUGGACAACCACCUCGCCCUGCAGGAACUGAAGAAGAGACCUCUGAAACAGGGACAAGUCUGGAAGGUGUGGAUGAAACUGGAUUGUGACAAUGGGAGAGCGGGCGUUCCUCAUUGUGACCCAGCUGCUCUACAGCUCGCCCUGGAGAUCUGGGACACUUCAGGGGUGGAGCUUAUGGGAAUUUACGCCCACUGUGGGAACACUUAUGCCUGUCAGGGGGAGCAGCAAAUCAAAGCUGUUGCUCAGGAAACCACUACGAUUGUGCUACAGUUCAUGGAGAAGUUGAAGGCUGCUGGAAUAAAAGGUGUCAAAUCCAGCAUUGGUUCCACCCCUUCCUGUAGCCACCCAGUGCCAGACAUGGCCCUGUUGAGUGAGGUGCAUCCUGGGAACUACAUAUUUUAUGAUGUGCAGCAGUCCCUCAUCGGCUCCUGUAGGCUUGAGGAUGUGGCAGUACGGGUGCUGACGCGGGUCAUAGGUCACUACCCACACAGGAACCAGUUACUUGUAGAUUGUGGGUGGACAGCACUGAGUCAUGACGGUGGCGGGCGCUUACCUACAGGAUACGCCAUCAUCGAAGGACACCCAGAACUCAAACUCCUGUCUAUGACUCAGGAACACGGCAGGGUGGAGCCCAUCUCUGGAAAACUGGACUUCAAGCAGUUCUCACUGGGGUCCCUCCUCACACUCAUGCCUUACCAUGCUUGUGCUACCGCUAUGAUGCAUCCAGUUUAUUUUGUCCAUUCUAAAGGGAAGAUUAUAGACACCUGGAAACCCACCCGAGGCUGGUAACAAUCUUUAGCAGACGGACUCCGCUGAUACAGCUGGGGACUGUGGAUGAAAAUGUUUAGUACUUGUCACAACUGAGGAUUUGCUGUUCUAAUAGGCAUGUGACUUUUAGAAACCUACCUAAAGAGCAUUUUUAUCUGGAUCCAAGGAGUUUGGAGAAAUUGCAGUUCUUUUCUUGAGAAGCAUUGUUGAAAAUGUAAUAUUUUAGUAAUACAGCCUUUAUGUAAACUGUAACACUUAAAGUUGUAAUCUUCUUUAAAAAGAAAAUAUAUUUUCCCCUGCUUCUUUCAUCAUUUAAAACACUAACAUUCUCUUAACACUUUGGAAGGACUAUGAAAAAAAAUGUGAUUUCUUCUUUGUAUCUGACUAAACUUGCAUGCAGUGCUUGAAAACAGUUUUGGAAAGAUCUGAUAUUAACAACGUGUACCUUCGUCUGUAAUAAAACCAUUUACCACAGUGA